AGAAAGAGAUAACCCCCUUCCAAAAAUCCCCUCCCCAUUUCCACACAAAAUCUACCAUUCCCACCACCAUCAGUCAUCACCUCUCACACCCCGAAGGACACCUCAACUCUAAAUUUUGCAUCUUUAGUCAUCAGCCAUGGCCAACAUGAUCAUGGCCUCUUCCAAACCUCUCAUCACCCUCUCCUCCUCUUACCUCCCCACCAACACCAAACCCAAAUUCCAAAUCCCACAACUUUCCUUCCCUAAAAUCCUCAAGAUCACCAAACCCCAACUCCUGUCUCUCUCCACCUCCACCCUCAAAUCCCUCUCUCUCAUUGCUGCCACUUCCUUAACCUUCGCACCACCUUCUUUGGCUGAAGAAAUAGAAAAAGCUGCACUCUUUGACUUCAACUUAACACUUCCUAUAAUCAUGGUUGAGUUCUUGGUCCUCAUGGUUGCUUUGGACAAAAUCUGGUUCACCCCACUUGGUAAUUUCAUGGAUGGGAGAGAUGCGGCUAUAAAAGAGAAGCUGAGCAGCGUUAAAGAUACAUCUGAAGAAGUUAAGCAACUUGAAGAACAGGCUGCUGCUGUUAUGAGAGCAGCUAGGGCUGAGAUAUCGGCUGCACUGAAUAAAAUGAAGAAGGAAACACAGGGUGAAGUGGAGCAGAAGUUGGCUGAAGGAAGGAAGAAAAUUGAGGCUGACUUGCAAGAAGCAUUGGCUAAAUUGGAGACUCAAAAAGAGGAGACUAUGAAAGCACUUGAUUCACAAAUUGCUGCUCUCAGUGAUGGGAUUGUUAAGAAGGUGCUUCCUGUUCAAUGAAGUUAAUACUUUGUGGUUUAGUAUGUGCUUAUAUUUUGUGAGAUUGGAAAUGAAUUCCGUUUCUUAAUGUAUAUGUUCUUUGAAUUACACUGAUGGUAUGCAAUGAAAGGAGUGGAUUGUAAAA